GUUUUAGAAUCAUGUAUCGAUAUUUGACAGAUAUCGAUGGUUCUUAUACUAAAUCUGCAAGCAGAACUGGACCAGACUUUACUGUGCAAAAUUGUUCAAAUUAUGAUAUUUUUACUUUAGAAGUUGCUGGGAGCUCGACAAAUAAGAUUCAGAAAAAGAUCAAAAAUGACUUUGUCAAAUUAA